ACAAGAUUAAAACUGCCUAAACCAUAGUUUGUGUAGAAGUUAAUGAUUCUUCUACCAAGUACCAGCACAGACUUGUUAAGGAGAGAAUACUCUGACUUUUGAGCAUUUGGUGGUAGUAUGACUGCUGUUGUGGUGGAUACAGAACCUAGAUCACUCAGUAAAGAAAUCAACCAUGACAGUGGAAACUGAAUCCAGCAAUGCUGAUGACUCAAAUCAGGAAGUAGAACCUGUCCAGCUUUUGGAUGAUGAAGCAAACAAAAAUCCACCAGUCAAAAAGAAGACUUCCUGUUGCACUGGCUUGAAGGCAUUUCUCGCUGCUUUAUCAUUCAGCUACUUGAGUAAAACAUUGUCUGGUACAAUUAUGAAAAGUUCCAUCACUCAGAUUGAACGAAGGUUUGACCUGACAUCAUCUACUGUUGGUUUCAUCGAUGGGAGCUUUGAGAUAGGUAACUUGCUGGUGAUAGCAUUUGUAAGCUACUUUGGAGCUAAACUUCAUAGGCCCAAAGUAAUAGCUGUUGGAUGUUUUACUAUGGCUUUGGGAAGUCUUUUAACAGCAAUGCCUCAUUUCUUCAUGGGAUAUUAUAAGUAUGAGACAACAUCACAUACAGCUACUUCAGCCAACUUAACUUCAAGCAUAAAUCCCUGUUCCCUACAUCAAGAUGUGAACGAAACUUUGUUGGAAGUGUCCCAAUCAGGCUGUGAGAAGGAACCAUCAUCACAUAUGUGGAUAUACAUUUUACUGGGAAACAUGUUACGUGGAAUUGGUGAGACACCAAUAACACCAUUGGGGAUCUCUUAUCUUGAUGAUUUUGCUAAAGAAGAGGAUGUUCCUGUGUAUGUAGCAUGUUUGCACACAAUAGCCAUGUUGGGCCCAAUGUUUGGUUUCCUGUUGGGAUCUUUAUGUGCAAAACUGUACGUGGAUAUUGGAUUUGUGGAUUUAGGAAGUAUCACUAUCACCCCACAGGAUUCACGCUGGGUGGGUGCAUGGUGGCUUGGCUUUUUAAUAGGUGGAGUAACCAGUUUCCUAGCUGCUAUUCCAUUUUGCUUCCUGCCAAGGAGUCUGAAAAAGCCAGAGGAAGCCAAUGACAAAACUUCAUACGAUCUCUUGGAAAACAUGAGGAAGAAACUUACUCCUGCACAGUCCAAGCGAAGGAAGUGGUCAGUAAUACUGAAAGAUUUCUAUACCUCCCUGAAAAAAGUAUUGAGUAAUCGAAUGUACUUUACAUUUUUGUGUUGCUCACUGUUACAGUUCAAUAGCUUUAUUGGUUUAUUCACUUACAAAGCAAAGUACAUGGAACAGCAGUAUGGACAAUCUACAUCUAAAUCUAACUUUCUAAUAGGAUUGACAUCCUUACCUCCUGUAGGUGUUGGGAUUUUCCUAGGAGGGUUGAUAAUGAAAAAGUACAAAAUGGGCAUCACUGGAGCAACCAAGUUUGCAUUUAUCAUGUCAUUUUUGUCCUAUGUCACCACUCUCUUGCACUUUUUUGUUGGCUGUGAGAACCAUGUGGUAGCAGGAAUGACAGUGUCCUAUGAAGGCAAACCCAUUCCGUACCAUGAAAAUGCCAUAUUUACUGAGUGCAACUCUGACUGCAAAUGUGCCUCCAAUGUGUGGGACCCUGUGUGUGGAGACAACGGACUCACGUAUGUUUCGGCAUGUCUAGCUGGGUGCAUGACUUCGGUGGGACAUGGAAAGAGCACAGUCUUCCAUAACUGCAGCUGUCUUGCAGUCAGCAGUUCAUGGACAGGAAAUAACUCUGUGACCUUGGGGCAAUGUCCAAAAAGUGAAGAUUGUUCAAUUAAGUUUAUUUAUUAUACAGUAAUACAAGUCAUAAGUGGCUUUUGUUAUGCACUGGGAGGUACCCCAGCAUACAUUAUUAUGUUUAGAUGCGUUCAGCCAGAGUUGAAAUCUCUUGCUGUUGGUCUAUACACACUCAUUCUGAGAGUGCUAGCUGGGAUUCCAGCACCAGUUUAUUUUGGUGCACUAAUUGACAAGACAUGUUUGAAAUGGGGAAGUACAAGUUGUGGGCAGCAAGGGGCUUGUAGGCUAUAUGACUCCAAUGCAUACAGGUAUGUCUACCUUGGUUUAUCAGCAGUGUUAAGAGGUCCUUCCUACUUGUUUGCAAUCCUUUUUUAUAUAUUGAUAAAGAAAGACUUUCAAAAUAAGAAGUCCAGACCUAUAGUGAAUGGAGGAAGAGAAGAUGCUCCUAUAAAUAAAGAAGAUAAUCGCAAGAUCAAAGAACAUUUGCCAGGUUCUUCUGGUGCAGAGAAUGAAUCAUGUAUUUAGAAAGCCAUGUAGACCAGUGUCACAAGGAUCAGGACAGAUUCUUUUAGAAACAAUUUUCACAACAUUACAAAUAACUAAAUAAUAAAUAAUAACACUGUUCAGAAGGCAAAACUAAUACCAAACCUGCAAUCAACAACAAGAAAAACUAGCAUGCAGGUAUGAAAAUGCUUUAUGUAUACCUGGUUACCAGUAACAGACAGAACAAGUUACAUGAACUGAAGCAAAUUCUCAACAGAUAAAGGCAAACUUCCCUAAAAGGGUCAAAGAUUACUGCUGGCAGAACAGCUGCAUGCCAAAGGCCCACGAAAUGUGAUACUGACCCUGUACACACAUCCACACGGUAGACUGACAUGGGAAUGACAAGCUCAAAUUCAAUCAGAAUUCAUAAUAAAAACAAAGCCUUUAAUCAGAAAAUUUCCACAAUAACUAAACGAAUCAUUGCUACAAUUUUCCACUGCAAAAUGGACAAAAGUAGUAUUUUUCCAAGAAGCAUUUUAUCUUAGCUCAGCUGAAAAUUUUAUGCCUGCUUAAAACUACAAAUAGGUUUCAAUAAAGGAAAUAAUUGUUUUUAAAAAUCUCAGUUGUAGAAUUUUAUUAAAAACUAAUUGUUUUAGUUAAGUGUCUAUGAAACAUAAGGAAUAUUCUGAAUUUUGCAGUGAUAAUUUUUUCUUAGUAAAAUCCAUCCAAUAUACGCUGGUGGUUUCAUUGCUAUGCCAUGUACUGUCCAGCAGAGGACACUCAAGCAAUAACAUUACCCUUAUGACUACUGCAAGCACUCUGUAGUGUUCAGACUUCAUUGUUCUAGAAGUUCAUCAUCAGGCAGGUAAAACACUCAUCUGUGUUUUCAUGCACCUUAAAACUCUCUAAGCUCAAGCUUUUAGCUCAAAUAUUCGAAAUUGCUUUCGUGUAUUUGUCGGUUUGUGUUAAUCACAUUUGUGUCACUUGGAGCUUGACAAAUGUUACGUUAAAUAAAAAGUUGUUUACUUGUAUUCCAUUUCAUAACACUGAUUGAAUUAUCUGAUUGAUACUUUAAAAUAGAUGCUCAAGACUAAGUGGGAUAUGGUUAAUAGAUAUUUUAGAGCAAAAUGCUGAUUUCUGAAAUGUGUUGUCUGUCUUGACAGUCACUUAGCAGUGAUUGCAGCAGCUGAAGGGAAAAGAAUGUGACUUUUUCCCCAAAUUAAGUUAUAUUUACUGGAGGUAGAGAUUCUCCAUCUAGAAAAACUGAUAUGACUUGUUGCUUGGUCUUGUCUUACAAUUGCAUUUGCAAAUGUUUUGACAUAUCCAGAUAUAGCCAAAGGAAUGACCCAUGGGACCCAAAGAAAUGAACCACCUUAUCUAACUACUGAACUUGUGGGUGAGUUUUGGCAGGCAAAGUAAUUGCAACUGUCUAGUUCUGCUUGUCUUUCAGCUGCUUUGUCCAGAUGAUAUUUUGUUAACGCAUCUUGGUGCAUAUAUCAUUUCCUGUGGUGACUUUAGAGCCAGGGGUUUGGGCGAGAUAGUUUUAAUCCAAAAUCUGUAACACUGAAAAACAUAUUUUAUGUGACAAAAUAUACCUAUUCCAAUUGAGAACAAGAGCUAAUUCCAGAAGAGAGAUUAUGAGAAUUAUGCACAAGGAAUCAACAAUGCCAGAAAAAGGUGUUACAGCCUACAGCAGAUUUAGGAAGCUAUUACUCCAGGCUCAUGAGGUCAAGGAGGUGACAAUAAAAUGGCCUCUUUGGAUAGAGAGAGAAAGGCUGGCACAAGAAGGUAAUAACCUGCUUAUCAAGGGUUUUUUUUCCCCUUUCUUGUGGAAAAAUUAUUUCCAGCCAGAGUCAGGGUACAAAGCCCAGUUGCCUUUGGGUGAUACAGCAGCU